AUCUUUCUCUGUUUAGAUGCUGCAUAUUACACCAAUGAGACGCGACUCUAUAAAGACGUGUUUGAAAACUACAACAAGUACAACCGACCAGUUUUAAAGGAAUCUCAGGCUGUGCUUGUUGAAUUUGAUUAUCAGCUUAUUCGCAUAAUUGAUGUGGUGAAGCGCAUCAGUUUACGGAGGUCUUGUGUUUUAAUUAAUUCAAUUGGUGGAAAGUGAUUUCCUAAUGUGGCAUUUAGCGGCAUCCUCAUUACGACUGUUCACUCUGCUCUGGAGCCCUGUUUUAGAGAGUUCUUUCCUUUUAAGGAAAGGCCCCGCAAAAAAGCUAACUGUAGUUUUUCUUCUUAAGGUGCAAAGUGAUCCAUUUUAUGAUCAAGUUUCUUUGUUACUUUUUCGUUAGCUGUGUGUUGAUUUUUUUUUGUCUGUGUUCCUUCUUCGUCUUAAGAGAGAACUCGAUUUUUGACAUGCUUGUUCACAGAAACCCAUACUUAAAAAGGGCUUUUGGCAACUCGUCUCUUUCAAUUCCAUUUUUUCAAUUCCAGGGCCAGUUAUUUAAACGAAGUUUAGCUCGUGUUUAACAAAACCCCGUUCUAAGCCAUUUACAGUUUAUCUUAUCUUUUAUCUAAACACCAUUUAUCGUGAAAAGUUUCAUGAAAGCAUAAGACUAUUAUAUCCCACUAUGGAAGAGAUCUGGAGGUCCAAAGAUUUGCUAAGCCGCGGCCUAAGUUAGACUUCGUUUAAAUAGCUGACCCAUCAUGUCUUAAUCAAUCUUUUUAGAGUGCAAAAGAUCAGUUUAUCAAGACUUACGCCUGGAUCAAUCAGGUAUGCGUGGUAGCAACGGGGUGUGUACUAUACAUGGGUUUCUGAAGUUAGAAUUCAGUAAAAGUAACAAAUUUCGUUUUGCAAAGUAAAGUGCUUUUCAAAGGUUCUGUCAGUAGCUUUUAUUCGCAAUGAUACCCGUAUAAGAAUUACAUUUUUCCAACCUAGCUUUAAAAGGUUCUUACAUAUUUGAAUUGGGUAUUGACAGACAGCGGGUUAUUCAUGCUCUUUAAUAGUUUUUACUUUUUAAGAGACAGAUAGCCUCUAAUCUAAUUUAAUAUAAGAGGUGUGAUCCCUUUAAAAAGAAGAUUGAAAAAUUUAAAACUUAGGCAUUUGCUGAAAAAACUCAACAACUGACAAAAAAAUCUGGUGGAUUUCAUUAGUUCCAGAGCUACCUAUAAACGAGACACUCGGGAAAAUGGCACUCACACGGGUGAUUUUUUAAGAACCGUAAAUAACACUUAACAAAUAAUAACCUGCGCAAGAUCAUAGUUUUAGAUUCAACUGCAGGUUCUUAUAAAAUGCUGGGUGUCUGAGUGUCAAAUGUUAGACAAACGGGUUCUUCAAUUAAUCAUCAGGCUUUUUGAGCGUUUUUUAUUAUUUCAUUUAUUUAUUUAUUUAUUUAAUCAUUUAUUUAUUUUAUGAUGUUGUAUACGGUUUAUGCAGAAACACAAAAUUCACAGCCUCCUGUUUACCACAGAAAAGUACAACUUAGAAUGUUUCACUGAAGUAUACUCUCUAGGAAUUCGAAUUAUGUUCAUUUUUCAAACUUCUCUCACAGUAUUGGAGGAAUCCUCAACUCACAUGGGAUCCAAAUAAGUACGGUGGAAUCAAGGAAAUUCACGUGUCACCCUCUGAUAUCUGGGUUCCCGACAUUCUUCUCUACAACAAGUAAGUCAUAAACCGAAUAAGUGUACAUACUGAAACUUAAUUCACAAAAGGAAAUUGUCUCUUUGUUCAUUAAACGUUUUUCUUGACAAUCGUUAGGGUUCGAGGGUAUAAAAUGAAAGAGUUUGGAUGAAUUGUCAGUUUUAUUUAAGAAAAAUAAAUUAGUUUCAUCUAAAAAACUAAAAAUAUGACAAAGUUUACGCUUGACCCAGGCUUGCUCCAUCCACAUACAUCUACACACACUGGAACACAAUUACAAACCACCAAGGGAAAAGUUUCUCGUUAUAAAAAAUUUGAUCGUAUAAUUUGUUACUACACUGGGUUUUCUAAUAUGUCUUCUCUUGUGUGGUUCAAAUAAAGGAUCUUUUUAGAGCUAAUGAUUUUUUUCGUAUCGAAUUUGAAUUUUGUAAUUAUCAAUACUGUAAUCCUCAUUAUUAUCAACAUCAUCAUCAUCAUUGUUAUUAUUAUUAUUAUCAUUAUCAUUAUUAUUAUCCUACCUUUAUCAGUGAUGUUAUGGUUUUUCUUUCCGCCUGCCUUGCAACCUGAAGUUGAUAGUGAUGUGUGAACUGAAAAAAAAGCAGGAGUAAAUGAGCGUUUGCAAUAAUGAGACUAAAUUCAGUGACCGUUUAAGCAUGUUUAAAGCAUUAUGUUUAUAUCUUUCUUUACCUUUACUGUUCAAAGUGUUGACGACGAGGACCAUUUUGGCGGUGGGCGUUACACGUACAAAACCAACGUUGCUAUGAAAUACGAUGGCAACACUACGUGGCUUAAUCCAGGAAUCUUCAAAAGCAUCUGCAAGGUGGAUGUGACGUAUUUUCCAUUUGAUAAUCAGAAGUGCUUUAUGAAGUUUGGCUCUUGGUCUUUCGACAGCUCCAAAGUGAAUCUCCGGGCACCUAGCGGAGGAAUGUUCAACAAAAAUUAUGUGAAAAAUGGAGAAUGGAAGGUUACGCUUUUAGAAUCACAGCGAAACCAGCUCAAAUACCAGUGCUGUCCGCACGCUUUUGUAGAUGUCACCGUACACAUAGAACUUCAGCGUGAGUCACUGGACUUUAUCCUUAAAUUGAUCAUUCCAUGCUCGCUGAUCUCGUCCAUGAUAUUCCUUGGUUUUGUGCUGCCUCCUGAGUCCGGUGAACGAAUAGGAUUGAGUAUCACAGUGCUUUUAGCAAUGACAGUCUUUCAGCAACUCAGCUCAGAGCUGAUGCCCUCGUAUGGCUUUCCUCUGCUUGGACAGUANUUCAAAGUGUUGACGACGAGGACCAUUUUGGCGGUGGGCGUUACACGUACAAAACCAACGUUGCUAUGAAAUACGAUGGCAACACUACGUGGCUUAAUCCAGGAAUCUUCAAAAGCAUCUGCAAGGUGGAUGUGACGUAUUUUCCAUUUGAUAAUCAGAAGUGCUUUAUGAAGUUUGGCUCUUGGUCUUUCGACAGCUCCAAAGUGAAUCUCCGGGCACCUAGCGGAGGAAUGUUCAACAAAAAUUAUGUGAAAAAUGGAGAAUGGAAGGUUACGCUUUUAGAAUCACAGCGAAACCAGCUCAAAUACCAGUGCUGUCCGCACGCUUUUGUAGAUGUCACCGUACACAUAGAACUUCAGCGUGAGUCACUGGACUUUAUCCUUAAAUUGAUCAUUCCAUGCUCGCUGAUCUCGUCCAUGAUAUUCCUUGGUUUUGUGCUGCCUCCUGAGUCCGGUGAACGAAUAGGAUUGAGUAUCACAGUGCUUUUAGCAAUGACAGUCUUUCAGCAACUCAGCUCAGAGCUGAUGCCCUCGUAUGGCUUUCCUCUGCUUGGACAGUAUUAUUUUGCCUGUAUGGUGGAAAUAGGUGCCUCCCUAUUCGUCACAACGCUCAUAUUAAACUUCUAUCAUAGAAAUAGUCGACGCAUGCCCAAGUUUCUGAGGAUUCUUAUCCUUCGCUGGUUGGCGCGAGUUGUAUUUCCCGAGAAAAGCUCCACUAAAGAUUGGAAUGCCAUAGAGACAAAAAAAGAAGCAUCGAACGCGUCGUACAAGGAAGGUUCAUUCCAAAGCGCAGACCAGGGAUCAGACAGCGACGAUAUGUGUCUCUCUCAUGACGAUUCGUCGUACGAUCGCCAAAUGCCAAAGAUAUCACCUACCUAUUCGGAUCCGUGGAUUCCACUGCAAAAGACGCGAUAUAGCUAUGGUUUCCCUGCCAAUGGCAUAAUACACCAUAAUGACAACAAUCGAGGCUUUGAAUCAGAGUUGGGGUACGGAGCCAAAUGCUCCACUUUCAGCAAAAAAUCCAGUUUCCAUAGGGAAAGAAACAAAAGUAUAAGGCGAAAGUCCUCAUGUCAACACAGAUACCAUGGGCGUCGUAGUUUCCCUAAAGAACAUUCGUCGCCUUCUAUUUCGACAUCGGUGCUGUUCGACCUCAAUCAGAAAGAGAAGCAAAUCUCCCCGCAGAUGAUGAAGAAUCAAAAAGAGUGGAUCAAAGCUGCUCGUGUGUUAGACAGGCUAUUCUUGAUCGUAUCAGUUUUAGUUGGUGUUACGACAUUAGUGGGAAUAUUCAUUAGAGCACCGAGGUUUCGCUGAGAAAAGCUGCAGUGCUAUCUUUGCUUUUUCAAAGAUGAUACACUUUUCCUUGGUUUAAACCUAGAUUUUGCUUAGUCAGGGCCGGAAUUUUCUACAGCUAUGCACAAGAGAACAUAAAAGGUCUCUUGGUAUGCAUGAUUUCCCAGAUCGCCGAUUCCAUGCGUGCUGCGCGAGUGACUUGAUUAAAUUCACUUCGCGCUAUUUAUUAGCAGUGGUGCGGUAGACUGUUUGUAACGUAAUUGUUAUGUGCGAUGAGUAAAACCUGUAACAUAAAUUUGAAACAAAAAAAUUGGAAUAUAUAAUCCUCGAUAAGUUUUGCAUGUCAUGUUGACCUUUUAGCAAAGGUAUGACACCUUGUCUCUCGUGGAAAUUACCUUUUUCAAGGACAGUUCUUCUUCAGGAGUUAAGAUGUUCUCAGAGAGAAAAUUUCCAAAAUUACAUUGUAAUUAGUUUGAUUCACUCCUAGUUUGUUGUGAGAAACAGGUUAUAAUUCAUUUCUGAUGAUAAAAAAACAAAAUCAAAGAGCACAACACAGCAUUGGUAAUGAAGCAUGGGACCUUGCCAGAUUUGCCACGAAACAGGUAUUGUCCGGCAUAUUGUAAAAUAAAUUUUAUCAUUCUGUUGUAUGUGGUAAUUAGACCAAUCAUUAGCAAUAGCGUUGUAGAGACUGAAAUGGCGUGGGGCGAGGAGAGAUGCCGUCAGCUAAAUUUUCAUAUCAAUUAAGCAGUUCUUUGUCAACAUUGAAACGAGAUUUUCUGGUAAGGUGCAAUUAUUCUUUCAAGACAGCGUUCCUUUUCUCCUGUCAACAAAAGAGUUAAUUUGUAUUACCGUAAAUUCUUUUACGCCUUGAUUUAAACAAGGCAAAUUUUUCAGUCAUUUCUCAGCUGAUUUCUUAGUCCUCUUGCUGCGCAUGUGACUAGUUUAGUGAAGCUGAUUCUACAAUUUUCUUACAGAAAGUUAAAGGUUGACAGAGUCUCAUGGCAUCUUAAUAGAGACCUUCGGAUUCCAAGACGUAGGACGAGAUUUUCCUAAUACAUGCACAGUACUUGCGGCCGUAAACCUGCGUCAUUUCCAACCUCGUUCCCAGGGUUACCUCCUACUCAAGGGGGCGUCAUUAGAAGUUAAGAGAGUCCUGCAGGGAACAGGGGUGUGUCAUUUCGCCAAGAAAAAAUGCGAUAGCUGUCGUCAUUCUUCUGCGAGUUUUAGCGAGAAUGUCUUAGUGGCGAAAACCAGUUUCUCAUUUUGCGACUCUGGAGAGGGCUCAACCUCUUUUUGUAUGUGUGAAAAAACUAAGAAAGAAAUAAAGCUUUCCCGGUAUGUAUUUUCUUAAAAUACGCGAAAAGAAACUUUAAGUCAAAUCUCGUUGUUCUUUUUUUCGAAUCUAAAGGUCUCUCCCGGACUCUAACAAUGAGCAGCGAGCAUGUAAUUAUAAGUACGUAAACCAGAUUGAGUUCCGCCUUUAUUAGUUCCGGGAGUCGGCAGUUCAGUUUACCAGCGGACCAUCUUUGUUUGUUAUGCGUGUUAGUAUUGGCGGGAAAUUAAACAAGAUGGCGGAGCCUAUGGCGGAGUGUUAGCGGACUACUUCAGCUGCCCUUCAGCUGUGAAAAGCAAAAAACUCCGGCCUGUGUUUAUCCGUGUGGUUCAUGCACUUUGACUGGCGAUUUCGUUGAGAAAACUAUUUAAGUCUCACUUGUUUUUACAAGGCAAAAAGGGAAGCGAGGAAUAGAGUUUAAAAAUGGUUGUUUCUUCUGAACAAAAGCGGAAUCUUCCAUGGUAAGUUGGGUGGUGUGCGACAGUACAAGCAGACCGCCGACCUGCAGACUGGCAGGUAAACACGGUUAGCAUCUAGUGUUUUGAAAUUAGCUGACAACUUCACCUAUCCAUAAACGUUAAGUCGUUUAAAAGUCUUGGGACAGUUCUCGGAGGAUUUCACAACAUUGUUUACCGUGUUUAUCUUUUCUGUCUUCAAGUCAGUAGUCUUCAUUGUUCGCACACCUUUGACUUUACAAAGUUAUUCUUGAAUCUAUCUCGAGUUUCUCAUUAGACACGAGAUGGUAACAUUGAUGUCAUUUUCACUAUAACCAUUAAUAGCAACAUCUCUUCAAAAUGGUCUUGCAAGUUUUGCACGUGCAAAAUAAUAUACAAUUUUAAUACACUCUGUAUCAUGGAUGUCGCUAAGAUUUCAAGUUGCCAGGUAAAUACAACAAGUAGGCAGGGGAUGAAACAGCUAGGAAUUUCUUUUGGUUCUAUUUUUCUUCUAUUUUCCUACGAAAGUAUCAGGUCACGUAGGGCCUGAUGACAGCCCUGUGUAUCAAGCUUUACCUCUUGUAUCUAGAUAAAGAUAAGGUAAUAAAGGUGCACCAAAAUUCACCUUAGAAUGAACACAUAUUACAGAGCAGGUAAGAAACAUUUUUAGUUUCAUAUUUCAAAAACCUCUACUAUAGUGGCUGAGUCGGCAACAAUUUAAUUUUUGGUUUUGCUCAGUGAGGUCUCUAACAACUCAAUAAUGAAUUACUGAAUACAGUGGAACCUUGAUUUUAUUGGCCUGUAUAUAAUGACAUCCUGGGUAUAACGAAUAAUAUAUGGAAAAGUACCUCAACAUAAGCUUGUUAUAGCAAACAUAUUUUGUCAGUUCCUUGGCCCUUAAUAUUGUAACAAGGUUCUACUUGUAGAUGCAGUAAUAAAAGGCUAUCAAAUAUAUGAAUGUUUGUAAAUGAAUAAUAAUAAUGAUGAUAAGAGGAUUUCUCCAGUUAAGCUUAACUAAGCUCCCAGGAAUCUCCUUCUGUCCUAGAUUUAAUACAAUGGAAAGUUAUUAUGUGUUAUUUUCUCAACAGGGUUGAAAAAUACAGACCCAGUAGUUUGGAGGAUCUUAUUUCCCACAAGGAUAUCAUUACAACAAGUAAGUUACUUUUCCCAGGGCCAACCCAUACACGACUGGUAGCCAGCAAAGAGCCCCAUAUCAAGUAUUGAUAGCUGGCAAUUCUUACGAUACUUGAUGCUGAAAUCAUAACUUCAUAUACAGUACAGUAGAUGCUCAAGUUGGCAUCCCACUUCAAAUAACUGCUCUCCUUUGAUUUGGUGUGUUCUGAAUGCACAAUAUAAAAGUAGAAAGUUUGAAGUAUGUUAAUACCAGAACUUAGAGGACCUUUAAUUUGUGUUUCUUUUUUUACAGAAACAUUCUAGUUCACUGAUAUAUUUUAAAAGAUCUUUCACAUGAUUAUGAUUUUACAAUUACAGUAUUUUAGAGGAUCCUAGCUUUAUAUUGUAAGCAAAUUAAAUGUACAUCUAGGUCUAGAAGUAACACAUUACUAGCAUCUUAUUUUGGACAUUGUUUGUUGCUGUAAGCAAAUUUACACGAGUGCACUGUAUUUGACUUAAGUUAACAUGGCAUAUUCGUUUGCAGUUAAGCGAUUCAUUGAGGAGGAUCGUUUGCCUCAUUUGUUGUUCUACGGUCCACCUGGUACUGGAAAAACAUCCACCAUCCUUGCUGUUGCUAAACAGAUUUAUUCUGCUAGAGAGUUUAACUCCAUGGUUCUUGAGGUAAGGACAUAUCUGGGAAAGAGCAAGCAGCCUGAUGGAUACAGAAUGAUUAUUGUGGUUGUGCAACAUUUGUACAUAAUAUAGCAGAACAACAUUCAAAAACGUAUCACCAGGAUGUGACAUUAAACAAGUACCAUGCUUGAUAGGUCUUGUCAGUAAUCAUUACCUGUAUUAAAAUAAUUGAUAAUGUGGGCUUGUUUGCACUCCUCGAGAAAAAAUAAUUACAUUUUCUUUUCAUUUGUUUUGUUAAUAAACGCAGUUGAAGAGAACUCUCUAAGUGCUAAGUUUCUGUUGUGGUUUAAUAUUUUAUCCUUGGUUCAAAUUUUAUUUGCCUUUCUUUUGGGGUAUGGUAAUGUAUGAUAAUGAAUUGUAAACAAAGGAAAAUAAAAUUUAAACCAAGGAUAAAAUUGCACCACAACAUAUCCACAAAAUGGCUGUUUCAUUCCUCACUGACAGUUAACUUGCUAUAAUUCAAAAUUUUAAUUUCUGUUUUUGGGUUACUUCUCUUUCAAAAUUUGGUGUGCUAACCACAUGUACAUACACAUACAGUACAUGUAUACUGGUAUUCUGUAAAAUGUUCUGUACAUUCUGUUGCAGCUGAAUGCAUCAGAUGAUCGUGGUAUUGGCAUUGUCCGUGGAGCUGUUCUUAGUUUUGCAAGCACAAGAACAAUUUUUAAGUAAGUUCCUGGUUGGGAUUCUCAAUUACACUGUGGUGGGCAUUUUGUAUCAUUGUUUAAAUUAUGUUGUGGGCUCAAAUGGUAUGGCUUAUCCUUUAACCUUUGUAGAUCUGGUUUCAAGCUUGUGAUAUUAGAUGAAGCAGAUGCCAUGACUCAAGAUGCACAGAAUGCCCUAAGAAGAGGUACAGCGUAUUGUUUCAUGUAAAUAUCAAUGUAAAAACGCACAAUACAAAGUCAACCAAACAGUGUCUUAAUACAUGUAGGUAUGGUGUUUGAUGCUAUACUAACAUUAUUUUUUGAUGUGCUUUGCAUUGCAGUAAUGGAGAAGUUUACAGAGAACACAAGGUUCUGUUUGAUUUGUAACUACCUGACCAAGAUAAUCCCAGCUCUGCAGUCUCGCUGCACACGAUUUAGGUUUGGACCUCUUGACAAUGAACAGAUGACAACACGACUUGAGCAUGUCAUCAAAACAGAGGGGUACGUUUGCACCAGGUCUUGAGCUGUCAAGUAUUAUUUUUUAGUUUUUGACAUGCAUUUCUAUUGUAUAGCUUGUAAUGGUGACCAUUUUGGUCAUGCAGUGUAAUAAUACACUUCCAUAUGAGCAAGAUUCUCUCCUUGGAGACUGAAAAUAAUAGUAAUAAUUUAAAAAAUCAAUGAUAUUAUCAGUUUUUUUUUUUUCAGUGUUCAAGUUCCAGAGGAUGGUAUGAAAAGCUUAGUCAGACUAGCCAGUGGGGACAUGAGAAAAGCACUCAAUAUUCUCCAGGUAAGCAAUUUGCAAUGAUUGAAACAGAAUAAUAUUUUUCCUUCCAUGCAGGGUUUUCAAUAAGAGCUGGCAGCUGGCGAAAUUCGCUGGCUAUUUCACAUGAACUCACUGCCUGCUUUUCUUUGGAAAUUACCCAGUUUUUUUAAUUGACAUGAUUUAAAACAGAUAGUGAAAUAACCAAUGGUUCAUAGCUAUUGGCAAGAAGAAAUGAAUAAAAAAUGGAGUAUUGGGUGAUUCCAGAAAAUAUCCAUACCAUACCACGGGCGGCAUCUUGGAAUUCCGAGGGAGAGGGGGGGUUUCUUGGACUGGAAUUCCGAAGACGUGGGGGGGGUAACACAGUUUGGAAUUCCAAAGGCAUUGGGGGGUGUUUCAGCUCUGAAUUCAGUGAAUUUCCAGAGGAAAGACGGCGAAAGCUCCGCUUGAAAUCGCUGACCUGUUAACAUUCCCAGUUUGUAAAUGAAGCACGAACCGACCACGGAAGAAGUAUGUGUUCAUGCAGAUGGGAUAAGCAGAUGGGUUAAGCAGAUGGGUUGUGCAGCAAGCUCCACAUGGAAGAGGCCUUAAAGUUGAGGAAUUAGUCAACUGAUUAAUAAAAAUAUAACCAAGUCGGUGUUUCUCGCCGAUUGUUGAUCGACGAUGUGUUGUUGCGUGCUGUGCUGAAAACUCGCACCAGUCUCUCGUUUCCAAAUAGAACGCCUGACAGAUUUUGUAUUUCACGCCGAUUUCCACGCCAACAUGUAGGUAGUAAAAUCCGACAGCGUGCCUUUUGAUGCGCUGUUUAAUUCAAAACUGUUUAAAUUUUCAAUAUGGCGGGUGACGGAAUAUCGAUCGUAAACUUUACUCUUGUCAGCGUCCACUGGUAUCAAUACGAUCUACUCCUGAAAAUAUGACGGUAUUGAAUGGAAAACAAAAAGUUCUAUUAGGUGGUAAGCAGCUUAAAGAUAAUGCUUAGAAGGAAUAGCUACGGUGUACUAACGUUAACAAACUUGAGUUGCUUGAUCGUCUGACUAAAAAUUGUGAACAGAAUUCUUUUGCAGAGGGAAAAAGUGCAAGUUUCUCGUUCGUUUGAAGAUUUAGGCAGACGAACAGGAAUUCCAAAGGGUCUGAAACAAAAGUGGAAAAUUCCGGAGGAGAGGGGAGGUUAGCGAUUUUGGAAUUCGGAGGGCAAGGGGGGGGAUAAGCAUUUUGGAAUUUCCGAGGGCAAGGGGGGGUUAAAAUACUCAUGCCACCCGUGGUAGGGUAUGGAUAUUUUCUGGAAUCACCCAUUCUUGUGCUGUCACUGAAUAAAAAAGCCAAAAUUUAAUGAUGUCUGUGUUCUGUUCAAACUCUCUAAUUUUCGCUCCAGAGUGCUGGAAAUGCAUUGUAAAAGGUCCAGAUUUCACAAUUUUUCCAGGGGGUGGCAGCAGCAUGCAUGGUGAGACUUAAGAGUUUUGAGACCACAAUUCUACAUGUAUAACAGAUCUAGUCAGGCUAAAAUUACCACGUAUACUAAAAAUCAUUGAUUAUGAAAUGGCUGUCUUCCACUACAACACCACUGGGUUGAAAUUCUUGUCUUGGUGUCAUUUGAUGUCUUGCAAACUUUUUUCUUCUCUGUUCCUAAUUCUAUGCACCGUGGCUUCUUUUGUUUUCAGAGCACAGCCAUGGCAUUUGACAUUGUAAAUGAAGUGAAUGUUUACACAUGUACAGGACAACCUCUAAGAUCAGAUAUUGCAAAUAUAGUUGAGUGGAUGCUUAAUGAGGACUUCAAUACUGCAUACACUAGUAUCCUUUUCAAGCAAGCUAGGAGGCUCCUGUAUGUGACCACUUCUGAUAAGCAACCACCUAUACGGGAACACCAAAAUUUUCCCAGUUGGAACCUCUCAUAAACAACCACCUCCUGUAAAUAUCCAUGGCCACGUUUUAGGGCUGGCAGUUUCACUUAUGUCCAGGAUCGAUCUUGUUGGCAAAAAUUUGCUAGCAAAUUGUAUUUUUGCGAUAUUUGUUAGUGGUCCCAGUUAAACCUCUCCUAAACAGCAACCUUGGGGACAGAAGAAAGUGGCCAUUGUAGAAAGGUGGCCAUUGUAGAGAGGUUUAAACAAGAGUCAAUGUAUGGACUGUCUGCCAAAAAGUGGAGAGAGGUGGCCGUUAGUGGAGGUUCAACCUUAUAAAUAAAAUAAUGUUCAUUAUACUGACUUACUUAAUAUACGGUAUGAGACUGAACAUUAAAUCUUUUCCCAAGACAUGCUCCUUGAAAUAAUGUCAUUCAAUAAUUGUAGCCUUAACCUGUUAACAGACAUUAUGAAGCUUAAAACUUUAAAAGGACUAGCUCUCCAGGACAUUCUCACUGAGGUUCAUCUGUAUGUUCAUAGAGGUUAGUUUGUACAACAGUACCAAAGCUGUUUAACAUACAACAUCAUGUAAAACCGCACCUUUUGGCUUGAAUUUUAGGCUGAAGACUGUGGGUGUGGAUUUUUGGCUUUAUGUUAAACACAUGAAUUCUAGCUCUCUUCAGUGCCCAAAAUAAUUUCCGGGUGAUGGCCAGACAUGGUGACUGGCCGUAGAAAUUUUUGCUCGGUCAAGUCUCUUUCUGACUGACCAAAAAUGGGAAAAAAAGCCAACUAAUCCAUGUGUCAGCUAAUCCAUUUUCUGUAUAAUUUUUUUUUUUAUGAACGUGAUUUUAUUUUUCCAAAAUUACAAAAGUAUCUAAGAUUUACAGGUGAGGAUUUGGCUAACUUUUUAAGAAUUAGAGUGUGUAUGACUGGUCAACUUGACCGGUGAGUGAAGUUUGUGGCUGGUCAAACCGCCUUCCUGGCCAGAAAAUUAAUUGUCUGUUGACCAGCCAUUAUUUUGAGCCCUGCUCUUACAAAUUAAUCUGUUCUCCCUUACAGUUAACUUUCCUCAGAAGAUCAGAAUUCAGUUAUUGGAGAAGCUUGCAGAUGUUGAGUAAGUAAAGGCAAAUCCAUGUUACACCUGUAUGUACUAAACAUAAUAGGCCAUUUUAUUUAUGCUUGAAACUCUCACUUUCAAGAUGAGGCCUGCUCCCAGUUUUUCUACAGGUGGAUAGCCCUAUCCACUGGAUAAAUCUCUAUCAGCUAGAUAGCGCAAUUGGUUUUCCUGACAUUAUUUUAUGCACUGGAUAGUAAGUGAUUUAUCCGGUGGAUAGCGCUAUCCAGGUUUUGAACAACUGGGACUAGGAGCUAAACCUUGUUUAAUGCUCUGAGGGCGAAGGGAAGGAAAGUGGGCUCCCUACACUCAGACACACACACACAUCAAAUUUGCAAAGUCGAUGAAUUAAAAUAAUACAAAAUAAAGGGUUGUGAAUGGUGUAGUUGUUAGGUACAUGUAUGACAUGUAUUGAAGUAUGAUGUGGGUAAGAAAAGUACAAUCCAACGUUCUUCUCUGUGCAUGUACAAUGUAUGUUGCUGGUAUAUACAUGUACACGUAUGAUUAUGUUGUGGUUCAGUUUUGUCUUGGUGUAGAUGUUAUUUUCUUUUGUUUCAAACUCGUUAUCAUACAUUACCAUACCCCAAAACAAUGGGAAAUAAAAGUAAGCCAAGGAUGAAAUUAAACUACAACAUGCACAUGAUGUGUCACUUGCAACUCAUUUUUCAAGCUUUGAGAAUUGAGAAUUGAGUUCAAAAUGACCUUUUUUAUGCUAAAGAGAGUCGUCUAGAGGCAUUUAACGUCUGAGACGUUAAAGUUGUCUGAUGUAGAAACGGGAUGUAUAAAAGUAAACGAAAACAUUGAAAAAAAAAAGUUUUCUGAAAAAAGACAAAACACUGACUCUCCCAGUCGAUUCUCGACAGGUUGGGGCAUAAAUGUGUCCCGCAGUUUAGGACUUCCCGUUUUUAUACUAGAGGAAUUUAACUGAGAUGAUAAGGUCGUCUGUUACGUGCGUUUGAAUGACGCACUUAACAGAAGACGUUAAUGUCAUCAGACGUUAAAUGCGACUGUCUUAUUUGCCGUUUUGCGCGAGACGUUAGAGAAAGACGACUGUAACGUCUUAUACGACUUGAACGUCUCUAACAUAAAAAUGGCCAAUGUCUAGUUACAGUUGGUAGCCCUGAAAUGUCAUGUAAAACGUAAACCAACAAGAAAUCGGCUUUUCACUGUUUUCAGAUACCGCCUGGCAGCGGGAACGUCAGAAAAAAUCCAGCUGAGUUCUAUGAUAGCAGCUUUCCAAGUCGCGAGAGAUAUGGUUACUCCUGAUUCCUAAGAAUCAGUGUUAAACUGUGAAGUAAAAUUAAUUCUAACCACGUGUAUUUGCAUGCAGGGGGUUUUCCUUUUCGCCUUAAGGAGGCCUUCUAACAAGCUUGUCACAAAGCAAUACUUUUUAAUUGUGUGUUGCGUCUCAGUGACCACAACCACAAUACCACCCCCCACCCCCCAAAAAAAUGACUUUGACCUCUUAAGUAAGAGUAGGCUUUCGCACCUUUACUUGGAAAUGCUUAGAAGUCAGAUUAUUGAGAGUGCUACCUCAGUGAUGUGUAAUAACGCCACGAGCAAAAAAAUGUUUACUAUUGUAAUAAACGGUUUACGAGUAUUACUCGUUUUCGUAUUUGUUAAGUUUCUCGCGCUGGACCUCUUGCAUUUUUGCGUGAUAUCNGUCAUGUAAAACGUAAACCAACAAGAAAUCGGCUUUUCACUGUUUUCAGAUACCGCCUGGCAGCGGGAACGUCAGAAAAAAUCCAGCUGAGUUCUAUGAUAGCAGCUUUCCAAGUCGCGAGAGAUAUGGUUACUCCUGAUUCCUAA